CAGUAUCAGGAUGGAGCAGAGGUCAGACUCUCCUAAACCCAGCUGUUAGUCCAUGAAGAGCGAUCAGUCUAAAGAUGCCUGGAUUAAGUUCAAACAACCUGCAGAUGGAAGUAUCAGGAUGGAGCAGAGGUCAGACUCUCCUGAACCCAGCUGUGUGUCCAUGAAGAGUGAUCAGUCUAAAGGUUACUUGAUUAACUUCAAACAACCUGCUGAUGGAAGUAUCAGGAUGGAGCAGAGGUCAUACUCUACUGAACCCAGCUGUGUGUCCAUGAAGAGUGAUCAGUCUAAAGGUUACUUGAUUAACUUCAAACAACCUGCUGAUGGAAGUAUCAGGAUGGAGCAGAGGUCAGACUCUCCUGAACCCAGCUGUGUGUCCAUGAAGAGUGAUCAGUCUAAAGGUUACUUGAUUAACUUCAAACAACCUGCUGAUGGAAGAGUUCAGCUGGAAACAUCAGAGUCCUUCAGAAAUCAGUCCAAACGGCAGAAAACAGAGCUGGACUCCAUAUUUAUGCUGCUGGAGGAGAACAUUAUCAUCUUUGUGAAGAAGGAACUAAAGAGAUUUCAGAAGGCUCUGAGUCAGGAUAACCCCGAAUGUCCCAGUGAGGAUGAGGAGGUGUUGGUUGGUGAAGAUGAAGAGCAGAGGAGCAGCAGAGAGGCUUUUCUGAAGAUCACAGAAAACUUCCUAAGGAUAAUGAAGCAGUAUGAGCUGGCUGACUGUCUGAGAAACAGAACUCCUGCUUCAGUUUGCCAACAUAAACUCAAGUCUAACCUGAAGGAGAAGUUCCAGUGUGUGUUUGAGGGGAUCGCUAAAGCAGGAAACCCAACCCUUCUGAAUCAGAUCUACACAGAGCUCUACAUCACUGAGGGAGGGACUGGAGAGGUCAACGAGGAACACGAGAUCAGACAGAUCGAAACAACAUCCAGGAAACCACACAGACCAGAAACAACCAUCAGACAGGAAGACAUAUUUAAAGCUCCACCUGGAAGAGAAGAACCAAUCAGAACAGUGAUGACAAAGGGCGUGGCUGGCAUUGGGAAAACAGUCUUAACACAGAAGUUUACUCUGGACUGGGCUGAAGGCAAAGCCAACCAGGACAUCCAGUUUACAUUUCCAUUCACUUUCAGAGAGCUGAAUGUGCUGAAGGAGAAAAAUUUCAGCUUGGUGGACCUUGUUCAUCACUUCUUUACUGAAACCAAAGAAGCAGGACUCUGCAGGUUUGAAGACUUCCAGGUGGUCUUCAUCUUUGACGGUCUGGACGAGUGUCGACUUCCUCUGAACUUCAUCAAAACUAAAAUCCUCACUGAUGUCAGAGAGUCCACCUCAGUGGAUGUGCUGCUGAUAAACCUCAUCAGGGGGAACCUGCUUCCAUCUGCUCACCUCUGGAUAACCACAAGACCUGCAGCAGCCAAUCAGAUCCCUCCCGGGUGUGUUGACAUGGUGACAGAGAUCAGAGGGUUCACUGAGUCUCAGAAGGAGGAGUACUUCAGGAAGAGAUUCAGAGAUGAGGAGCAGGCCAGCACAAUCAUCUCCCACAUCAAGACCUCCAGAAGCCUCCACAUCAUGUGCCACGUCCCGGUCUUCUGCUGGAUCACUGCUACAGUUCUGGAGAAUGUGCUGAAGACCAGAAAGGGAGGAGCACUGCCCAAAACCCUGACUGAGAUGUACAUCCACUUCCUGGUGGUUCAGAACAAAGUGAAGAGCAUCAAGUAUGAUGGAGGAGCUGAGACUGAUCCACUCUGGAGUCCACACAGCAGGAAGAUGAUGGAGUCCCUGGGAAAGCUGGCUUUUAAGCAGCUGCAGAAAGGAAACCUGAUCUUCUAUGAACCAGACCUGAAGGAGUGUGGCAUCGAUAUCAGAGCAGCCUCAGUGUACUCAGGAGUGUUCACACAGAUCUUCAGAGAGGACAGAGGACUGUACCAGGACACGUUGUUCUCCUUCAUCCAUCUGAGUGUUCAGGAGUUUCUGGCUGCUCUUCAUGUCCAUCAGACCUUCAUCAACUCCGGAGUCAAUCUGAUGAAAGAAGAACACCCACCAUCCAGAUCUACAAUGACACAGCUCUACCGGAGUGCUGUAGACCAGGCCUUACUGAGCCCAAAUGGACACCUGGACCUUUUCCUCCGCUUCCUCCUGGGUCUGUCACUGACCACCAAUCAGGAUCUCCUACAAGGUCUGCUGACACAAACAGGACGUGACUCAAAGACCAGUCAGAAAACAGCCCAGUACAUCAAGACAAGGAUCAGUAUGAAUCUGUCUGCAGAGAAGAGCAUCAACCUGUUCCACUGUCUGAAUGAACUGAAUGAUGUUUCUCUAGUGGAGGAGGUCCAACAGUCCCUGAGAUCAGGACCUCUCUCCACAAAUGAACUGUCUCCUGCUGAGUGGUCAGCUCUGGUCUUCAUCUUACUGUCAUCAGAAGAAGAUCUGGAUGUGUUUGACCUGAAGAAAUACUCUGCUUCAGAGGAGGCUCUCCUAAGGCUGCUGCCAGUGGUCAAAGCCUCCAACAAAGCUCUACUAAGUGGCUGUAACCUCUCAGAGAGUAGUUGUGUAGCUCUGUCCUCAGUCCUCAGCUCCUCCAGUCUCAGAGAUCUGGACCUGAGUAACAACAAACUAAAGGAUUCAGGAGCGACACUGCUGUCUACUGGACUAGAGAGUCCAAACUGCAGACUUCAAACUCUCAGACUGAGUGGUUGUAACCUCUCAGAGAGAAGCUGCGGAGCUCUGUCCUCAGUCCUCAGCUCUUCCAAUCUGAGAGAUCUGGACCUGAGUAACAACAAACUAAAGGAUUCAGGUGUUGAGAAACUUUGUUUUGGACUUAGGGAUCAACUGUCUACUCUGCAAACUCUUAGACUGAGUGACUGUUACCUCUCAGAGAGUAGCUGUGGAGCUCUGUCCUCAGUCCUCAGCUCCCAGUCCUCCAGCCUCAGAGAUCUGGACCUGAGUAACAACUACCUGGAGGAUUCAGGAGUGAUACUGCUGUCUUCUGGACUUAAGAGUCCAAACUGCAGACUGGAAACUCUCAGACUGAGAGACUGUUACCUCUCAGAGAGUAGCUGUGGAGCUCUGUCCUUAGUCCUCAGCUCCCAGUCCUCCAGUCUCAGAGAUCUGGACCUGAGUAACAACUACCUGGAGGAUUCAGGAGUGAUACUGCUGUCUACUGGACUGGAGAGUCCUAACUGCAGACUGGAAUCUCUCAGACUGAGUGGCUGUAACCUCUCAGAGAGUAGCUGUGGAGCUCUGUCCUCAGUCCUCAGCUUCUCCAGUCUCAGAGAUCUGGACCUGAGUAACAAUGACCUGCAGGAUUCAGGAGUGACACUGCUGUCUACUGGACUGGAGAGUCCUAACUGCAGACUGGAAACUCUCAGACUGAGAGACUGUAACCUCUCAGAGAGUAGCUGUGGAGCUCUGUCCUCAGUCCUCAGCUUCUCCAGUCUCAGAGAUCUGGACCUGAGUAACAAUGACCUGCAGGAUUCAAGUGUGGCACUGCUAUCUACUGGACUGGAGAGUCCAAACUGCAGGCUGGAAACGCUCAGACUGUCUGGCUGUUUGGUCUCAGAGGAAGGCUGUUCUUCUCUGGCCUCAGCUCUGGGCUGGUCCUGUCUGACAGAGCUGGACCUGAGCUACAAUCAUCCAGGAGAACUAGGAGAGAACCUGCUGUCUGUUCUCCAGGAGGAUCCAGACUGCAGACUGGAGACACUGAGACUGGACCAUGGGGGACGGCACAGAUUGAAACCAGGUCUACAGAAGUACGCCUUUGAGCUACAAGUGGACACAAACACAGUGGACAGAAGACUGAGACUGUCUGACAACAACAGGAUGGUGACAUUAGAGGAGGAGUUUCCGCCAUUUGUUGACCAUCCAGACAGAUUUGAUAACCAUCAGCUGCUGUGUCAGACUGGUCUCACUGGUCGCUGUUACUGGGAGGUUGAGUGGAGCGGAGAUGUUAAUGUAUCAUUGAGUUUCAGAGGAAUCAGACAGAGAGGAGACGGAGAUGAAUGUGAGUUUGGUUCUAAUGCUCAGUCCUGGAGUCUGAUCUGCUCUGGUGUUGGUUACUCUGUCUAUCACAAUAAGAGAAGAACAUACAUCUCCUCCUCCUCCUCUUCAUGGUCCGGUAGAGUAGCAGUGUAUCUGGACCAUUCUGCUGGCUCUCUGUCCUUCUACAGAGUCUCCUCUGACAGACUGAUCCACCUCCACACCUUCAACACCACAUUCACUGAACCGCUUUAUCCUGGGUUUGGGUUAUUAUCUCUAGGUUCCUCUGUGUUCACUGUAGCUCAAACUCUGCUGUCUAAUUCCAAAGCUUAAUCAGACCACAUACCAGAUGACAGAUCUUCUCUGAUGAAUCUGAUUUAUUUGUUCAGAGUUUGACAGUCAUCUUGUAUCAGUGUUUAUAUCUCUGUUAAACUGCUCAGCAGUCAUUUUUAUGUGAUCAAGUCCAGAAUGGCUCACUUUAGUGCUGUUUUAGCUCAGAUACUUCUCUUUUGGUCUAACGAAGCCCACAGACACAAACAGCUGAUCAGAGACACUGAGGUGGAAGAGCACGUAGCCAAGCCCACACUGAAAAACAGUGCCAAACACAGCGGCCCUCCUGGGUAAAAAUAAAACGUUGUUUUUGGUCCAUAUUGAAGCCUGUAGGUAAAAAUGGGCUAAAGAGCGGAGUGAGAGAGGAAGCUUCAGUGUCAGAGAGAUAGGAGUGAAAUAAUAGAAGAAAAGAAGAAGAAAAGUCUUCAAGCACACAGACAGACUCAUGGUUACUAAAUGCUGCUCCGGAAAACAAUUCCAAAUCAGGUAUUCUACAUGAUUUAAAUGAUUCUAAAUUCAUCCUUAUGGGUGAUUUAAACUGGGACUGGCUCUCCUGAACCUCAGAUUGUUUUAAAGAAUUGUGUGACUCCCUAAACCUUGUUCAACUCAUUAAUGCACCAACAAGGCCAAAUCUCAAGUCAGAAAAUAAAUCUACCUUGCUUGACCUAAUUAUAACAAAUGCAUCUCAUAAAUACUCCUCGACGGGCAUAUUCU